CCUCUGUGACAGGAUCUCCACCUUCGCCAUCUUAGCCCAGCUGAGUGCCGAAAUGAAUACGGAAAAAGUGCUUGUCCCUUCAGUGACAUUAAUCGUUGGCUGUGGAGUGUCUUCCUUAACUCUCCUGCUCUUGAUAAUCAUUUACAUCUCAGUCUGGAGGUACAUCCGCUCAGAACGUUCUGUCAUCCUUAUCAACUUCUGUCUCUCCAUCAUAUCUUCCAAUGCUCUCAUCCUGAUUGGGCAAACGCAGACCCGGAAUAAGGUGAUAUGCACCUUGGUGGCAGCCUUCCUGCACUUUUUCUUCCUCUCCUCCUUCUGUUGGGUGCUGACAGAAGCCUGGCAAUCCUACAUGGCAGUGACAGGCCGGCUGCGGAAGCGUAUCAUCCGUAAACGCUUCCUAUGUCUUGGAUGGGGCCUGCCUGCCUUGGUGGUGGCCAUCUCUGUAGGAUUCACGAAAGCCAAGGGGUACGGCACCAUGAACUACUGCUGGCUGUCUUUGGAAGGAGGACUGCUUUAUGCCUUCGUGGGACCAGCAGCAGCCGUCGUUUUGGUGAACAUGGUUAUUGGUAUUCUGGUGUUUAACAAACUUGUAUCGAAAGAUGGAAUAACAGAUAAGAAACUGAAGGAACGGGCAGGGGCAUCUCUCUGGAGCUCCUGUGUGGUCCUACCUCUCCUCGCCCUGACCUGGAUGUCAGCAGUGUUGGCUAUCACAGAUCGUCGGUCAGCCCUCUUCCAAAUCCUUUUUGCAGUCUUUGACUCCUUGGAGGGCUUUGUCAUUGUGAUGGUCCAUUGCAUCCUGAGAAGAGAGGUACAGGAUGCUGUGAAAUGCCGAGUGGUGGACCGCCAAGAAGAAGGAAACGGAGAUUCUGGGGGGUCGUUCCAGAACGGACAUGCUCAGCUCAUGACUGAUUUUGAGAAGGAUGUGGAUAUGGCUUGUAGAUCAGGUGAGCACAUCACAGUGCUAAACAAAGACAUCAGCACUUGCCGCACUAUGACCAUCACGGGGACUCUGAAGCGCCCGUCACUGCAUGAUGAAGAGAAGCUGAAGCUGAACCACCAGAAGGGUUCAUCAAACUUUAACAGUCUUCCAGCCAAUGUCUCCAAGAUGCACCUCCAAGGCUCCCCACACUACCUAGGGGCCAUCAACCUCAAUGACUUCAGCAACCACACCCUCACUUUGAAGAAGGACAAGAGCCAGCCUCCCAAAUCCAUCUACAUCUGCGAUGGGGACAUCUUCAAAAAGCUGGACUCCGAGCUCUCCCGGGCACAGGAUCAAGCCAUAGAUACCAGCUAUGUCAUCCUGCCCACCAACACGGCCACUUUGCGGCCCAAACCACCUCCACCUCCACCGCCACCCAAGGAUGAUACAAAGUACAGCAUCAGCAUUGACCAGAUGCCACAGACGAGGCUCAUCCACCUCAACAUGGCCACUGACCCAGGUUUUGUUGUCAAGAGCCCUCCAAGGGAGCCUGUGGUGAUGAGCUGUGGGGAGGUUCAAGCUUCCCCAGUGUUGCAGCAACAGCAGCAACAACACCUCUCUCCUCUGCUGGCCAACAAAUCUGGUGACUCACUGAUGCCGAACAGCUUGUGUGACACGGGCGAGUCUAGCAAUUCUGGAAUGGUAUUCAAGAGUGAGACAGUCUCCACCCUUUCCAUGAGUUCUCUUGAGAGACGGAAAUCCCGGUAUGCAGAACUAGAUUUUGAGAAAAUCAUGCACACGAGAAAACGUCACCAAGACAUGUUCCAGGACUUGAACCGGAAGCUGCAGCAUGCAGAGAAAGAUAAGGAGUCUCCAACCACAGACAGCAAGCAAGAAAAACAGCAGACACCAAACAAGAGACCCUGGGAAGGAAUCCGGAAGGUCCACUCACCACCAGCGUGGGUUAAAAAGGACAUGGAGCCUGUUGCACAGUCUCCCUUGGAACUCAAAACUGUUGAGUGGGAAAAGGCGGGUGCCACAAUCCCCUUGGUGGGACAGGACAUUAUUGACCUCCAGACAGAGGUCUGAAGAGGAAAAAGAGAAAAGAGACUCUUUGUUUGUCCUUUUCGCCCCGGAAAACAAAACAAAACACAAAAUACAAACAGAUAAAGAAUUUUUUUAACAAAUAAAAAAGAAAAAGAAUUGGAAUUGAAUGGAAUUGAAAUGGAGAGA